AAUGGGAGCUUUGGAUGCCAUUUCCGACUUUUGCGCUGCUUGUCACAGGCACCAUAAGAACAAGUUCAAGAAACGCAAGCAACUUCAGGCGGUGGAGAUAAAAGUGAAGAUGGACUGUGAAGGGUGCGAGAGAAGAGUGAAGAAGUCAGUGGAAGGAAUGAAGGGGGUGACGGAAGUAGAGGUGGACCCCAAGCAAAGCAAGCUCACUGUGACUGGGUACGUGGACCCCAACAAAGUAUUAGAGCGCGUGAGGCAUCGAACCGGAAAGAAGGCUGAGUUUUGGCCAUACGUCGCCUACGACGUCGUUCCUCGUCCCUACGCACCUGAGGCAUAUGAUAAGAAGGCUCCGCCAGGAUACGUGCGAAACGUCUUCCAGGAUCCAGAAGCUUCCGCUCUCGCACGUGCCAGCUCAUUUGAUGUCAAAUACACCACGGCCCUUAGCGACGAGAACCCCAAUUCUUGCUCGAUCAUGUAA